UUUCUUGUUUGGACUAUGGCCUCGGAUCCCAGAGUCCCAGGGGCCGGUGUUUUUGGAGAUUUACCCCCAAGUUAUACGCGUUCUCCGCCGGCCGCGAACUCGGAUCUGCUCCGGAGACCCAGUUACUGCCACGCUGCUUUCGCAUUAAAACAGAUUUCUAAGGGGAAGGCCGUGGGGCAGAAGGCCCCGCUGUGGAUUCGGGCGCGGUUCCAGGCUCUCCUCUUUACGUUGGGGUGUCAGAUCCAGCGGCACUGUGGCAAGGUCCUGUUCAUCGGCCUGCUGGUGUUCGGGGCCCUCUCGGUGGGCCUGAGGGUGGCCGCCAUCGAAACCGACAUCGAGCAGCUCUGGGUGGAAGCUGGUAGUCGUGUGAGUCGCGAGCUACGCUACACCAAGGAGAAGCAGGGAGAGGAGGCUGUGUUCACCUCUCAGAUGCUCAUCCAGACGACCAAUCAGGAAGGCACUAACAUUCUUACCCAGGAGGCUUUGCUGCAGCACCUAGAGUCUGCGCUGGCUGCCAGCAAGGUCCAGGUGUCCCUGUACGGAAAGUCAUGGGAUCUGAACAAAAUCUGCUUCAAAUCUGGCGUACCAAUCAUCGAGAAUGUCAUGAUCGAAAGGAUGAUUGACAAGCUUUUUCCCUGCAUGAUCAUCACUCCUCUGGACUGCUUCUGGGAGGGCGCCAAGCUCCAGGGAGGCUCCGCCUACUUGCCGGGAAUGCCCGACAUCCAGUGGAUGAACCUGGACCCCCUGAAACUGAUGGAGGAGCUCAGCCAGUUCACGUCUCUGGAGGGCUUCCGGGAGAUGCUGGAGAAGGCCCAGGUGGGACACGCCUACAUGAGCCGGCCCUGCCUCGACCCCAACGAUCCCGACUGCCCCCUGAGUGCCCCCAACAAGGAGCUGCGCCAGAGUCCCGACAUCGCCCAGGAACUCCAGGGCGGUUGCCACGGCUUCUCCAAGAAGUUCAUGCACUGGCAGGAGGAGCUGAUCCUCGGCGGCAGGGCCAAGGACUCCCAGGAUGCAUUGCUGAGAGCCGAGGCCCUCCAGACCAUGUACCUCCUCAUGAGUCCCAAGCAACUGUACGAGCACUUUAAGGACGACUACGAGAUCCACGACAUCAACUGGAACCAGGAGAAGGCCACCGCCAUCCUGGAGUCCUGGCAGAGGAAGUUUGUGGAGGUGGUGCACCAGAGCAUCCCUGAGAACUCCACCCAGAGCAUGCACGCCUUCUCCACCACCACCCUCAAUGACAUCAUGAAGUCCUUCUCUGAUGUCAGUGUCAUCCGGGUGGCCGGAGGGUACCUGCUCAUGCUGGCCUACGCCUGCGUCACCAUGCUGCGCUGGGACUGCACCAAGUCCCAGGGGGCCGUGGGGCUGGCGGGAGUGCUGCUGGUGGCGCUGUCAGUGGCAGCUGGCCUGGGCCUGUGCUCCCUGCUGGGCCUGUCCUUCAACGCUGCCACCACACAGGUGCUGCCCUUCCUGGCUCUGGGGAUCGGUGUGGACGACAUGUUCCUGCUGGCUCACUCCUUCACCGAGACAGGCUCCAACAUCCCUUUCAAGGAGCGGACCGGGGACUGCCUGCGCCGGACGGGUACCAGCGUGGCCCUCACCUCCAUCAACAACAUGAUCGCCUUCUUCAUGGCGGCCCUGGUGCCCAUCCCCGCCCUGCGGGCCUUCUCGCUGCAGGCCGCCAUAGUCGUGGUGUUCAACUUCGCCAUGGUAUUGCUCAUCUUCCCUGCCAUCCUGAGUUUGGACCUGCACCGCAGAGAGGACAAAAGACUGGACUUCCUGUGCUGCUUCUACAGCCCGUGCUCUUCCCGGGUCAUCCAGAUCCAGCCUCAGGAGUUCUCUGAUGCCAACGACAACCACACGUAUCCGACAACAUCGCCCUCGUACACGGGUCCCACCAUCACCACCAGUACCCAGAUCACCACCACGGUUCAGGCCUUCACCCAAUGCGACGCGGCCGGCCAGCACAUUGUCACCAUUCUGCCCCCAACCUCCCAAAUCUCCACCAGUGCCCCGUCUGUGGUGGUGCCCCCACCCACUGGUACGGCCCCCUCCUCACCCUCCUCCCCGGACCCCUACGGCUCCCAAAUCUUUGGCCCGUCCAGCUCCACCCGUGACCUUCUGGCCCAGGUGGACGAUACCAAGGAGGGGCGUGAGUGCGUCCCCCUCCCCUUCUUCCGCUGGAACCUGUCGGACUUUGCCCGUGAGAAGUACGCCCCUCUGCUGCUCAAACCCGAGACCAAAGCCGUGGUCCUGGUUCUGUUUGUGGCCCUCCUGGGCCUUAGCCUUUAUGGGACCACUAUGGUCCAUGACGGACUUUACCUGACGGACAUCGUGCCUCGGGACACCAAGGAGUACGACUUUAUCUCGGCCCAGUUCCAGUACUUCUCCUUCUACAACAUGUACCUGGUGACCAUGGGUGGCUUUGACUACGGCAAAAACCAGCGGGAACUCCUGCAACUCCACAACGCCUUCAACUCUGUCAAGUAUGUGGUGCGAGACAGUGACCAGCGGUUGCCUCGGAUGUGGCUGCACUACCUUCAAGAUUGGCUGAGAGGCCUGCAAGCUUCAUUCGAUGCCGACUGGGCGGCAGGCCGCAUCACAUGGGACAGUUACCGUAAUGGCACUGAAGAUGGCGUGCUGGCCUACAAGCUGCUCAUCCAGACCGGCUCCAAGAAGGACCCCUUCAACUUCAGCCAGCUGACCACCCGUCGCCUGGUGGAUGAGGAGGGCCUGGUCCACCCAGAUAUCUUCUACAUCUACCUGACCGUCUGGGUUAGCAAUGACCCGCUAGGCUAUGCAGCCUCCCAGGCUAACUUCUACCCACACCCCCGUGAGUGGAUCCAUGACAAGUACGACACCACUGGGGAGAACCUGCGCAUCCCAGCAGCCGAGCCCCUGGAGUUUGCCCAGUUCCCCUUCUACCUGAAUGGCCUGCGGCAGACGUCGGACUUCAUUGAGGCCAUCGAGUGUGUGCGCUCCAUCUGUGAGGAGUUCGCCCGCAAGGGCGUGCCCAACUACCCCAACGGCUACCCCUUCCUGUUCUGGGAGCAGUACAUCGGCCUGCGUCACUGGUUCCUGUUAGCCGUUAGCGUGGUGCUAGCCUGCACCUUCCUGGUGUGUGCCGUGCUGCUGCUCAAUCCUUGGACCGCUGGUGUCAUCGUGUUCAUCUUGGCGAUGAUGACGGUGGAGCUCUUCGGCAUCAUGGGACUCAUUGGGAUCAAGCUGAGUGCCAUCCCCGUGGUGAUUCUCAUCGCUUCCGUGGGCAUCGGGGUGGAGUUCACCGUCCAUGUCGCUCUGGGCUUCCUGACGGCGAUUGGGAACAGGAACCUGCGUUCGGUGGUGGCGCUGGAGCACAUGUUCGCACCGGUGAUGGACGGCGCUAUCUCCACGCUGCUGGGGGUCCUCAUGCUGGCCGGCUCCGAGUUUGACUUCAUCAUGAGGUACUUUUUCGCUGUCCUUGCCAUCCUGACGCUCCUGGGGGUCCUGAACGGCCUCGUCCUGCUGCCCGUCCUCCUGUCAAUCAUGGGCCCGCCUGCUGAGGUCACUCCCGCUGACAACGGCAGCCGCCUACCCACUCCGUCUCCGGAGCCCCUCCCGCCGCCCAUGAAUCACCAUGGUUACUACGCCGGCCGCUACCCACAGGGACCCCGCCGUCACGCCUUCUCCGAGUCAGAGGACUCCGAGUACUACUCCGAGACCACCACCACGUCGGGCCUGGCAGAGGAUGAGUACAAGUACCGCGACCGUAGCGCCUACAUCGCGCCUACGCCCGCGCCAACGUCCCACAUCCUGCUGGAGGCCAGCAAGAACCCCAGCUUCCCCAAACUCACGGUGGUAAAGCCAUACAGCGAAAGCCCGAACAUCACUGCCAGGAAGGAACAUCUAAACGGGCCGACUCAGCCGACCGUCACCUCGGUCAGCUCUCAGAUCGCCCGAUGGGAUAAAAAACAGGAUUACACCCAAGACCAGGGACCCAAGAGACAACAUUUACCCAGCGACAGACCUCAGGGUCCCGGCAGGACUAAUCACUGUGGCCCCAGGUCUCAGUAUAGCAGUAGGCCGCAUCAUAACAGGACUACGAUGCCGGGCUACAAUGCGGGAACCAGAGUUCAGGGGCCCGGUAGUGCUGUUACUAUGGUUACGGCCACUGCCUCGGUGACGGUGGCCGUGCACCCCAGCUUGCCAGGGGCUUACAGGGGUUACACACACGAGGGGUUCAACGACAGCGAAUCGGACUGUUUUGAGGACACGCUGGGGAGGUCGCAGAGUCACGGGAAAGCUACCGAAAAUUCCAAGAGGAGCAACUUGGAGCUCCAAGACCUGGAAUGUGAGGAGACGAGGCAGCAUCCCACUGACCAGGCUCUAGGUGGCCCACGGAACCAGGCAGCCAAAGACCGGUAGACCCCCCUCGUCUGGAACCCAUCUCUGGCUGCCCAGCUCAAAAUCUUCCUGGUCCCCCAACUCUUUCUCAAUGAACUGUAAAUAGACCUCACACAAACAAAAGGAUUUAUUUUAAAAAAUAUUAAAAGUUCUUGUUUUAAGAAUAUAUAUAUAUAAAUAUAUAAAUAUAUAUUUUAAUACUAAAAAAAGAGGGAAAAGCUA